AUGGUUCUGGCUGUACGAAUCAGUGUAGUGAUCGUCACUGUCUGCAGAAUUCAACAUGCGACACAAAGACUGGGAAAUGUGUGGGAGGUUGUCUUCCAGGAUGGAAAUACACAGACUGUUCACAAGCUUACUUGUAGAGGAGGACUGACUUACGGUGAAAAUUGUGGCAAGCGAUGUGCAGUUCGUCACUGUCUGAAUAACUCGACAUGCGACGCUAACACUGGAUUGUGUGAAGGAGGUUGUCAGCCGGGCUGGAGAGACGUCGAUUGUUCAAAAAAAUGUCCGGAAGGACUAACCUAUGGUUCUGGCUGUACGAAUCAGUGUAGUGAUCGUCACUGUCUGCAGAAUUCAACAUGCGACACAAAGACUGGGAAAUGUGUGGGAGGUUGUCUCCCAGGAUGGAGAGAACCAAGCUGUUCACACGCAUGUGAUGACAGAUAUGGCGUGAACUGCAGUUUUCACUGUAGUAAGAGACAUUGUAAGGACGACAUUUCGCCGUGUGAUUCCCAGACUGGAGAGUGUAUUGGGGGAUCAUGCGUGAGUGGUGUAAAGUACGGUCGCAACUGUACCAAGUCAUGUGAUGCCCGUCACUGUGCUCGUAGUGGCCGGUACAGAUCUACGUGUCCUGCAGCUACUGGAAAAUGUUAUUGGGGAUGUGACCUAGGAUGGAAGAGAGAUGACUGUACACAAGAAUGUCAGGAAGGACUAACCUAUGGUUCUGGCUGUACGAAUCAGUGUAGUGAUCGUCACUGUCUGCAGAAUUCAACAUGCAACACAAAGACUGGGAAAUGUGUGGGAGGUUGUCUUACAGGCUGGAGAGAACCAAGCUGUUCACAAGCAUGUGAGCGAGGUGUAAAGUACGGCGCUAACUGUACCAAGUCGUGUGCUGAACGUCACUGUGUUCCUUAUGGCUCGUACACAGCCCCGUGUCCAGCAGUUACUGGAAACUGUGAUAGGGGAUGUUACCCAGGAUGGAAGGGAGAUGACUGUACACAAGAAUGUCAGGAAGGACUGACCUACGGUGCUGGCUGUACGAAUCAGUGUAGUGAUCGUCACUGUCUGCAAAAUUCAACAUGUGACACAAAGACUGGGAAAUGUGUGGGAGGUUGUCUUCCAGGAUGGAAAUACACAGACUGUUCACAAGCUUGUUAUUCUGAUCGCUUUGGACCUAGCUGUUCACUACGGUGUUCAUCUCGACAUUGUAAGAGUGGCUCAACUGCAACAUGUAAUCCAGUAAAUGGAUCAUGUGACAGUGGUUGUCAAUCUGGUUGGCAAGGCAUCGACUGCACAGCUUGUAGAGCGGGACUGACUUACGGUAAUAAUUGUGACAAGCGAUGUGCAGGUCGUCAAUGUCUGAAUAACUCGACAUGCGACGCUAACACAGGAUUGUGUGAAGGCGGUUGUCAGCCGGGUUGGAGAGACGUCGAUUGUUCAAAAAAAUGUUCAGUUGGCAAAUAUGGCAAGGGAUGCCUUCAAGAAUGUAUAGAUAGGCAUUGUUAUGGUGGACAACGGUGUGAUCUAGUAACAGGACAGUGUGUGGAUGGGUGUAUUGCUGGAUGGAAAGGAGUGUCCUGCAACGAACGUAAAACUACUGGUCUCACGACAGAAUGUUCAUUUGGCAAAUAUGGCGAGGGAUGCCUUCAAGAAUGCAUAGAUAGGCACUGUUAUGGCCGUCAACGGUGUGAUCCAGUAACAGGACAGUGUGUGGAUGGGUGUAUUGCUGGAUGGCAAGGAGUGUCCUGCAACGAAGUUAAAACUACUGAUCUCACGACAGAAUGUUCGUUUGGCAAAUAUGGCGAGGGAUGCCUUCAAGAAUGUAUAGAUAGGCACUGUUAUGGUGGACAACGGUGUGAUCCAGUAACAGGACAGUGUGUGGAUGGGUGUAUUGCUGGAUGGCAAGGAGUGUCCUGCAACGAAGUUAAAACUAAUGAUCUCACGACAGUGCCUCCACAAAAAGACAGCGAUUCGACAAUAGUUGUUUUUUCAACAGUUAAUGGAGUACUCUUCCUAUUUUUGAUUAUACAGUUUAUCAUGAUUAUCAGGUUGCUUUUGAGAAGAUCACGCGGAUCGAAUAAACCGAACAAUUCUCAAAACCUGCUCAGAAUGAUGAGCUUGCCUAACUCCGUCUAUGAAGCUGGUGAUGGUGAAACUAAUGUUGGUUCUUCGCAAGAAAAUCUUACUCACACUCGUACACAAAGUGGUGGGACCAGUGAGUCACAACAUGAUUACGUAAACUCAUCACAUCAGGUAGCAAGCAGCGAGGAGAACGUCAAUCAUUAUGACAGGCUGGAUGUUGAUGUUAUUGGCGAAGGAUCUCCGUACAGUAAGUUAGAAGUCUAAGAUACACCAUGUAACCAUGUUUAAAAAGGUAUAGUCAAAUACCAACAGCUGGAAUGUCACAAGAACACUAAACAUUUUGAACAGGUUGACUGUACUGACCUAACACCUUGGAUUGUACAUACUGUUUUAAAUCAUCUGCGAUAUAGCCUGUUAUUUGUAGAUAUAUUGUUAAAGUAUUUUCUUUCUUUUUUAUCUUGGCUGUUGUUGUUGGCAUUGGUGGUGGUGGUGGUGGUAUUUUGUUGUUGUUGUUAUUAUUAUUUUAUUGUAAACAUUAAAUAUGAACUUACUGGCAGUUAAUAAAUGCACACCAUUUGUGACGUACUUUAAUGGAUCUGGACAUGUCAGAUUAAUCUCCAAUUUUCUGAGUAUUUUCUGAAAUACAAAGAAUUUCUUGUAAGAAUUAGUCGACUCGUAAACAGACAGGAAUCCAAGAUACCGCCAGCUAGUUACGUAUUUCACAGAGUAUGGCCUCAUGGUGCAGUUUUGUAAUUUGAGUCCCUAAGUUGAAUGGAGUUAAAGGUAUGGAGACCAAUUCACCCUACAGCGAACGAUGUACAUACUGUUUUAAAUCAUCUGCGAUAUAGCCUGUUAUUUGUACAUAUAAUUAUUGUUAAAGUAUUUUCUUUCUUUUUUAUCUUGGCUGUUGUUGUUGGUGUCAUUGGUGGUGGUGGUGGUGGUCUUUUGUUGUUGUUGUUAUUAUUAUUUUAUUGUAAACAUUAAAUAUUAACUUACUCGCAGUUAAUAAAUGCACACCAUAUGUGACGUACUUUAAUGGAUCUGGACCUGUCAAAUUAAUCACCAAUUUUCUGAGUAUUUUCUGAAAUACAAAGAAUUUCUUGUAAGAAUUAGUCGACUCAUAAACAGACAUGAGAUCCAAGAUACCGCCAGCUAGUUGAGUAUUUCACAGAGUAUAGCCUCAUGGUGCGGUUUUGUAAUUCGAGUCCCUAAGUUGAAUGGAGUUAAAGGUAUGGAGACCAAUUCACCCUACAGCGAACGAUGCUUACGUCCUUGUAUGAUACACGACAAUACUGGGUUUCUGACUGUUUACUCCAAACAAAAUUAUUAACAGUGUUCCGCUGAAUAUAGUUUGUCAGAUAUUUAUCUGUUUAUCUGUCUAUCUCCCCGUUUGUCUGUCUGCCAGUUUGUUUCCAUGUAAUGUUAGUGUACUCUCUGCCAUGAUUAAUAUCACUCUCCAUGUUGGGAGAUAUUGUUUUAUAUACAUUGCCUGUUGCGUUUUAAUGUACACACAUUUUAAUAAAUGCAGUUUAAUAAAA